AUGGCUUCUUUCCAUGUUCGCUCUAUCAGUUUACCAACAAAUUCUCAUCCUCGUACUCUUGCAGUGGAGGAACAAUUGUGCCAACUUAAAGCCACCUCAUCUUCAUCAAUCUGCCAGAACUUAUCUGGUCUCCAAAAGUUAUACGAGUGUGUUGAGGAUUUCCUUUCUACUCAAGAUGGGAAAUGCUUAGACACUGUUUUGGACGGAUCUAUCAUGUUGUUGGAUGUUUGCAGUAUUAUCAAGGAUGUUUUGUCUCAAAUGAGACAAUCUAUUCAAGAACUACAAUCUUCCAUUCGUAGACAAUCUAUUCAAGAACUACAAUUCCCUGAACCCUGA